AUGAAGCAAUUCAAACGAAAUAUCGGCAAAGAUGGUGUUGGAGAAGUAACAAUAUCAUGUGAUGAAGCAGAGGACAUGUGGCACGUUUACAAUUUAGUACGUAUUGGUGAUACAGUCCGGUGUACGACAGUUCGAAAGGUUACAACGGAAUCAAGCACCGGCAGCACUGUUAGUCAGCGGGUACAUACUGUUUUGUCGAUUUCCAUUGAAACCAUUGAUUUUGAUCCUGUAGCUUGCAUCUUGCAUUUGAAAGGUAGAAAUAUUGCUGAAAAUGAACAUGUCAAAAUGGGACAGUAUCAUACAUUGGAUAUCGAUGUUGGAAAGAAGUUCAAGUUAUGGAAGCCGUAUUGGGAUUCGAUAGAUUUGGGUCGUCUAGAUUUGGCACUUGAUCCAUCCCGAACUGCCGAUGUAGCUGCUAUUGUUAUGCAUGAGGGAUUGGCGAAUUUAUGUCUGGUGACAGCACAAAUGACUAUUGUCAAGGCAAAAGUUGACAUGCAGAUUCCGAGGAAGAGAAAGGGUCGCUCAGAUCAUCACGACAGGGGUAUGCAGCGUUUUUAUGAAGUUAUUGCAACGGCAUUUGUUAGGCACGUUGACAUGAAGGUAGUAAAAUGCAUAUUAAUAGCUGGUCGUGGUUUUCUUAACGAACAGUUUCUAAAUUAUCUAAUGGAAUAUGCUGACAAGCGUGGAAAUAAGUUGAUUUUAGAAAGUCGUAGCAAAUUUCUACUUGUUCACGCAAGCAGCGGGUUUAAGCAUGCACUUAAAGAGGUGUUGUCAGAUCCUGGUGUGGCAGCCGCCCUGUCGGAUACUAAAGCUCAAACUGAAAUUAAGGCACUUAACACGUUUUGCGGCCUAAUGGCAACUGAUCCAGCUCGUGCCUUUUAUGGUUACAAGCAUGUGUUGAUAGCUAACGAACAGCUGGCUAUCGAUACGCUGCUGCUGUCCGACUCGUUGUUUAGAUCGAAUGAUAUUCAGCUGAGGAAGAAAUACGUCGAGCUGGCAGAGUCUGUAAAGGAGCAGGGUUCGAAUGUGUUGAUAUUUUCGUCAAUGCAUGUAUCGGGUGAACAGCUUAGCGCAUUAGGCGGCGUGGCAGCUAUUUUAAGGUUUCCACUACAGGAGCUGGAAGAUGAGGAAAUGUCCGACAGUGAGCAUGAUGAAGACAGCGGCGAUUUCAAGAAUUAA